UUGGUGAGGAGGAGAACAACCAUUGGGUGGCACUCCUGCCAAUCACACACCUUUACCUGCCUCUAAGCUGAAUUAAUACUACCUGGUCCAUGUAUUUUUCUAUAUCAGUGGCAGACUAAUACUUGGGUUGUCUUAUCUUAGUUUCUAGGAGUCACAUUAUGGCUGCCAAGGAGUGUCAGAAGUUUGAUGCUGACUGUAAGGUUGCUGUGAAUGAAGUGGUGAAUAUAGAGCUGGGUGUUAGCUACAACUACUUGUCCAUGUCUUGCCACUUUGACCGUGAUGACAUUGCCUUGGACCACAUGGCCAAGUUCCUGAAGAAGAAGUCCCAGGACUCAUGGGAGCAUGCAGAGAAGCUCCUCAAGUACCAGAACAAGCGUGGGGGUCAUGUUGUGCUGCAGGACAUCCAAAAGCCAGGGCAGGACGAGUGGGAUGGAAGCUUGGAUGCCCUGGAGAAGGUCCUCCAUGUGGAUGCAGAGGUGAACCAGGUCCUGCUAUAUAUGCAUGUGCUGGCAACAGAGAAGGGAGACCCCCAUUCCUGCCACUUCAACCGUGAUGAUGUAGCCUUGAGCCAUGUGGCCAAGUUCCUGGAGCAGCAGUCCCAGGAAAUGAGGGGCCAUGCAGCGAAGUUCCUCAAGUACCAGAACAAGCGAGCAGCCCAUGGAGUCCUCCAGGCCAUCAAGAAGGCAGAGCAGAACGAGUUGGUCAAAAGCCUGGAAACCCUGGACGAAGCCUUGAAGUUGGAGGGGAAGGUGAACCAGAUCAUGAUGAAUCUGCACAAGCUGGUGAUGGAGAAGGUGGGCCUUUCUGAGCCAGGGUGGGGCAACUGCCUGGAAACUGUGGAGAUGGCUUUGGGGCUGGAGAAAGAGAUAGUCCAGAGCCUGCAGUAUCUGCGCCGUCUGGCAACAGAGAAUGGAGACCCCCGUAAGCCAGAGCGGGACGAGUGGGGCAGCAGCCUGGAAGCCCUGGAGAAGGCCCUGCAGCUGGAGAAGAAGGUGAACAUGGCCCUGCUGGAUCUGCACAAGCUGGCGAUGGAGAAGGGAGACCCUCACCUGUGUGACUUCCUGGAGUCGGAAUACCUGGAGGAGCAGGUGAAGGCCAUCAAGCAGCUGGAAGACCACCUCACCAACCUGAGGCACCUGGGAGUACCCCAGAGUGGCAUGGGGGAGUACCUUUUUGACAGGCUCACCUUGGGGCUCAUCAGCUGAGCCCCCUCAGCUAUGUUGUGUGUGGAAAGAGAAAAAAAUAAACAGUUGUAAAACAG